AUGUCUUCCUCCGACCUCUACAACACGAAAACUGCAUUCUUUCUAUCCGCAUACCAAACCCUCAUUAACCGUGCUCUUCCCGAUUCAUCGUCCCCCGACUAUAUUCCGACCCUUGUCUACCAAGCUCGUGCUCAUAUUGCUCUCAAUGAUCCUGCCGGCGCUAUAUCCCUUCUUCCGCCCAACUCUGAAAAUGUCGCAUUGAAAGCAGUCUCGGCAUUGGCUCGUUAUGUUUCCGCGACGGAAUCGUCAGAGCAGGAGCCUAUUUUGGAAGAGUUGCGCGACCUUGCUGUCGAGAUUGAGGGUGACGACGUGGAGGGUACUGAACACGACAAGCUGACUGUUCGUGUUAUUGCUGGCACGGCGUUUGCGCGUGCAGGAGAAAUAGAAGAAGCUUUGGAAACCCUGGGCAGCGAGACUGAAGACCUUGAAGCCGUCGCUGUCAUUGUGCAGAUCUAUUUGUCCAUAAACCGCCCGGAUAGAGCAAAGAAGGAAUUUGAGCGGGCGAAGAAUUGGGCAGAGGACGAUGUCUUGCUUCAGUUGAUCGAGUCUUCCAUCGGCCUCGUUGCUGCUCGAGACGGCUACUCCAACGCAAACUCAUUCUACACUGAACAACUCGCCAACCCGUCUCUCUCCUCCACCCACAUCCUCACUGCCCGGGGCGUGACUCGUAUACUCCGGAAUGAAAUUCCAGCCGCCAAGUCCGACUUGGAAGAGUCGUUGGAGCGACAGAAGGGCGGUGAUGCAGAAACAUUGGCUGCAUGUGUUGUGGCAGCCGGUAUAGAUGCGAAGAAAAGCAAUGAAGCUGACGAAUUGUGGACCCGUCUUUCCACUGAGCACCCCUCUCAUCCUCUGGUUGUUGAUGUCGAGCAAAAAUCGCGUCUAUUUGACGAAUUGUGCAGCAACUUCCCUGUUCCACCUCUUGCAGUUGCGGCGUGA